UCACUUGGAAUGGCAGAGGAGAAGAUGUUGGCCGUUGGUGAUGGACCACUACAUCUGUCGGAGCAUCUCUACCAGUCUAUCCCCAACUAUCAGCUGAUCGAUGCACUGCCUUUUAUUGAUCCGUUUGGGCAGGAGGACUUUGCAAGGGUGGAGGAGAUGAUUCAGAAGGAGAUUGCCACUUUCGAGCCCUCACGGGACUUCCUGGAGCUGUUACCUCUGCCCUCAUGCCCUUAUUUGGAUAGUAGUCCGUUUGUGAAGGAGGCUAUGGAGAAAAUAAAGGCUAACGGGGGAAAGCUGCCGAAGGAAGGCCUCAGUGAGAGGAUAAACCCGUCUGACUACAGUCGAGCUCAUUUGCCUUUACCGUCCAAGGCCUCUUCGGUGGAAGCCUGGGAAGAAUGCAGGGAUAAAACUAAGGUGAGCAUAGUUGACACGGCAGAGAACAAUGAGUAUUUGGAUGUCGCGACGAAGUACUCCGUGCCUCAGUGGAUUCAUGGAAAGCUACAGGUGUCGGCGUUUGAGCAAUCGCUAGUUAAGAAGAGGAAAGCUCUGGCGAAGGAAGUGGAGGAUAUUCAGAAACGACGCAAACUUGACCAGAUGAGCCACGGCAAUGUCUUACGCUCGUUGCAUAGGGAGGAGUUGGAGUUUGAGACGAACAACUUCGAAACGGAGUGUGCUACGAUGGCGAUGGAAGCGGACCUUAGGAGGCUGCGACAAAUCAUUGAUAGUGAUCCGCAGAGGAAGGCUGAGGUACCGGUGAAUCUGGUGGAAGCUCUAAGUGAGGUACUAGAUGGUGCUAAGCCGACUGAUCAAGAGAACGCCUCGUCUACUGUUUGAACGAUAUUUCCCU